CUGAAGCUGUGGAACAAGUACAGAGUGUCCAACAUUCCUUCCCUAAUAUUUAUCGAUGCCUCCACCGGGAAAGUGGUUUGCAGGAAUGGCCUCCUGGUCAUCCGAGAUGACCCGGAAGGUCUGGAGUUCCCGUGGGGGCCAAAACCCUUCAGUGAAGUUGUUGCUGGGCCUCUGCUAAGGAACAAUGGGCAGACACUGGACAGCAGUGCCCUGGAGGGCUCUCACGUUGGGGUCUAUUUCUCUGCACACUGGUGCCCACCGUGCCGAAGCCUGACGAGGGUCCUGGUUGAGUCCUACCGGAAAAUCAAGGAGGCAGGCCAGAAGUUUGAGAUCCUCUUCGUUAGUGCAGACAGGUCAGAGGACUCCUUCAAUCAGUACUUCAGUGAGAUGCCCUGGGUGGCUGUGCCCUAUGCUGACGAGGCCAGACGGUCACGCCUGAAUCGACUCUAUGGCAUCCAAGGCAUCCCAACUCUCAUCGUCCUGGACUCCAAGGGAGACGUGAUCACGCGGCAGGGGCGUGUGGAGGUGCUCAACGACAUCGAGUGCCGCGAGUUCCCCUGGCACCCCAAGCCUGUGCUGGAGCUGACCGACUCCAACGCUGUGCAGCUGAAUGAGGGCCCCUGCCUCGUUCUCUUUGUAGAUUCAGAGGAUGACGGAGAGUCGGAGGCAGCGAAACAACUGAUUCAGCCCAUAGCUGAAAAAAUCAUAGCCAAGUACAAAGCCAAAGAGGAGGAGGCGCCGUUACUCUUCUUUGUGGCGGGUGAG